AAAUGAAAUAGCAUAUCAUAUAAUAGGAUUCUCUACAGGUAGUCAGUUUUGUGUGCCGUAUAUAAUUCAGGAUACUUCUUUCAUGACAUUUACCAUAACAUAUGCACCGGAAUAUGCUCAAGGUCUCUGGAAAUCAUCAUCCACCAUAUCACGGUAAUUAAAAUCUUUCCACAGAACGUGUCGAUUAUUUAAGGUGGUGACUAGCUUCCUGAUCGUGAUUCAAUAUCGAAUUCUUGUACCUUACGCACUUUUUGGAUUGCUGAUGGAGCUUAACAGCAUCUUCCUACAUGGUCGACAUAUAAUGCUGUAUUUUGAUAUCGACCCAAAUUCCGUUGUUUAUCAGACAAAUUUCAAAGCUAAUAUAGUCACAUUCGUGAUAUUUCGCAUUCUGCUUACUCCUGGAAUGUAUAUUUGGGCCAUUGUUAAUCGACGCCUACUCCCAGUCUUUGUGAGUACGGUACUGAUCACGAGCUUCACAAUAUUCACGGUGAUGAAUUUCAUCCUAUUCUGGCGUGUCCUCAGCUCAGAGCGACGAAUCAUGAGAGAAGCUCAUUCUCUGAAGUCCAAGGACAAGAUGAUCUCAAAUGGUCUGCACAACACCAAGUAGUUGACUGCGGAUGGCAACUGAGAUAACAGAACGAUCAAAUAUUUUCUUAGUUUUCCUAUUUUAUGAUGGAUGAGUCGACUAUGAAUCCUUGUGGCACCUACUGUGCUACCUUAAAUAUGAAAAAGCCUCUUCGCAAUGCUCCAAUUUUGUUAAUCCUCGGGACUUGACUCCCAGUCAAGCUACUAACUGGGAGUGUUUAAUUGAUUUUAUGUUUCGUUCUUUUUGCUGUAAAAUGCGAAUACAUUUUUCAUCAUUAUCAUGAUCAAUGGUCAUUUUACUAUGACAUCAUUGCAAAUUCUUUUGGUUUUCUUCUGAAAUUCGGGUCAAAUUUUACUCGUAGCACCGUUAUUAUUUUACACAUUAGUCGAAACAGCACACUCUGGACACAGUGAACCCUUUCUAAUAUAAUAUGGCCU